GUUCCGGUAAAGCGGAGUGUGUCCGGGCGGUCGACGUCUUGACGGUGCUCAGAGAGAAAGUGGCCUUCGUCUCAGGUGGACGGGACAAACGAGGCGGACCAAUCCUGACCUUCCCUGCCAGGACCAAUCAUGAUCGAAUAAAACAGGAAGACCUCAGUCGACUGGUCACUUACUUGUCGACCAUACCAAGCGAGGACGUCCGAGCUCGAGGCUUCACGGUGGUGGUGGACAUGCGCGGCAGUAAGUGGGACAGUGUGAAGCCGGUGCUGCGAACGCUGCAGGAGUCGUUCUCCUCCAACAUCCACUCAGCGCUGCUCAUCAAGCCCGACACGUUCUGGCAGAAGCACAAGACCAACCUGGGCAGCGCCAAGCUCAGCUUCGAGACCAGCCUGGUGUCGGUGGAGGGCCUGUCCCGAUUGGUCGACCCCUCCCAGCUGACCUCUGACCUCGGCGGCUCGCUGGAGUACGACCAUGUGGAGUGGACCGAGCUGCGUCUGGGCCUGGAGGAGUUCUCGGGGGCCGCCACGCAGCUGCUGGCCCAGCUGGAGCAGCUGGAGGCCGGACUGAGCCGCAUAGCGGAGCCCCAGGACGUGGACGAGGCCCGCAAACUUCUGGAGGAACACGGUCGUCUCCGUAACACCAUCGCCACGGCGCCCGUCGACGCCCUCGAGCGAGAGGGGCGGAGCUUGCUCCAGCGGAUGCGCCUGGGCCCCACACACGGCGACGCCCCCAACGAAGGCGGCGGCGGCGGCGGCGGUGGUGGCGUCGGCAGUAGCCACGGCAGCUGGCUGUCGGGCGGAGCAGACUUCCAGAGCGUGGCGCCGAAGGUUUCCUCUCUGCUGGACCGGCUGCAGGCGGCUCGUAGCCAUCUGCUGCAGAGCUGGGGCGACAGGAAGCUGCACCUGGAUCAGGCGCUGCAGCUGCACCUGUUUGAGCAGGACGCCACCAAGAUGUCGGAGUGGAUCGCUCACAGUAAGGAUCUGUUCGUGCAGAGUCUGGCGGAGGUCGGUCAGAACCACCAGCACGCCGUCGACCUCCAGACGCAACACCAGCACUUCACCGCCAACUGCAUGAACGGCAGCGUGAACGUGGACAGCGUGGUUACCGUGGCGGCGCGGCUCGCUGAGGCCGGUCACUACGGGGCGGAGAGGAUCGCACUGGUGUCGUCACGGUUACAGGAAGACUGGAAGUCCCUGACGACGGCGUUGGAGGAGCGCAGCAACACGCUCGCCAUGGCAACCGGCUUCCACCAGGGGGCAGAACAGUUCCUGCUCAGGGUCGAGGGUUGGGUCCAAGUGUGCUCAGAGGGGUCGUUGCCAUCGGCGACGGCAGAGCUGGAAGCUGCCGUUAAGAAACACCAGGAGCUUAACGAGGAGAUCUCUGCCAACUUCACACAGGUCAGUGAGAGCGGUAAAGCCUUAUUGGAGGUCCUCCAGCGUUGCCCGGCGACCGAUUCUGAAGACGCCGCGACCAAACCGGACUUCACUGCGGCAACACACGGUAUCAUGGCAGUUCUGCACCAGGUCAUGCAGGGUCACCAUGAGGUGGAAGGAGCGUGGCAGCACCGGAAGCUCCGCCUCCACCAGCGCCUGCAGCUGUGCGUGUUUCAGCAGGACGUCAGACAG